AUGCCAUCUCACGUAGAUCUCCUUCCAAUCCCCCUUGCCGUCCUCUCCUUUCAGCGGGACGAGUUUGCUGAUUAUAUCCAUCAUCUAUUUGCAAAGCUCCUCCAGCCAACGCUCUCCUUUUUCAGUCUUACGCUCAAUGAUGACCAAGUAUCGCUCCUAUUUGACAAGCACCUUUCAGAGGAUAUUUCAAUAAUCACCUCAGCUGAGGCCUGGGCCGUGUUCUCCCUCGAUACCGAUGACCAUGGCCUGCUCGAGCUCAUCCAGUCUCUGCAAGCAAAGAGUAUCCAGUUCAUGUAUCAGACCUCGAUGAGUACAGACUAUCUAUUUGUCGAGUCGGACUGCAUCGCCCGUGUCUGCUCUCUCCUCCACGACCUGGAAUUCAUCUUCUCCGACGAGGAAGACACGUACACGCCCAAUAAACGCCGCUCGCGCUCUCGAGUCCCAUCACGAAAGCACUCUGAAGAAGAUAGCCAUAGCCAAACGUGGUCCCUGCGCACCCUGCCACAUACCCAUGCCUUUCACGGUCUACACACGACACAAUUUGCCGCAUCAAAUGAUUGGCUAUUACGACUCGUCCAAAUGCUUGGAUGGCCAGACACGCUCCUGACCCCUUCACCAUCCACUCGACUCCCACCACCCUUACCAGCAGCAUGGCGCGUCAGCAGAGCACGGUCAGAAUCUUUCCGUCGUCCCAAACUCGUAUCGCGUCAUUCAGCGGAUAUCACAAACGGUGGACGGUCUCUACUCCUCGCCCCUCGACAGGACUCGCUUUCUUCUUCCUAUGCACCAACGUCCACCCUUCACUCUCAUCACCAAUCUAUCACUCUUGCUCAAAGUUCACCACCUUUGUACACCUCACGUCCCACGAGCGAUACAGGUUUGUCUCUAAAGGAACCGAAAAACGAGCACAAGGACAUUCUUCCAUUCGCAUCACUUGUAAUACAGCGCCCAGUCCCCGGUCAUAGAAGCGGCAAGGACAAUGAAGUACGCGCGUCCAUCAUGGCGCGCGGUCGACUCUUGGCCAAAUUAUUCGAAAGUAGCUUGCUUAUCGGUGGAUGUGGCGACGUGGCCGUUUCCGAAGACGAAGCGGAUUCAGAGACGGAAACGAUGUCUAAAAGAGCGAGGAGAGGCGACGACGAAGGUGCUUUUGAGAUGGACGAUGCACCUCUCCCGGCAAGUUCUCACUCGAGCAACAGUCUGAACGAUGAGGGCUUCAAGGUGCUUCAAAUCUCGUCUGAAACCGGCACACUCUCCCCUAUACACAUUCUUGGGGUGUGCACAAGGGUUCUGGACGACGAAAGCAUAGAACACCACUUUACGCAAACAAAGGAUUGCUUAAACAUCCUCAUCCCGCGGUCAGCAACAAAGCGCGCCCAAAAGCUCUUAGAGCAAGCGAUCAACGGUUGA